AUGGGUGUCACUGGCCUUUGGACGGUGGUGCAGCCUUGCGCUCGACCUAUCAAACUCGAAACCCUCAAUAAGAAACGGUUGGCUGUCGACGCGUCGAUUUGGAUCUACCAGUUCCUGAAAGCAGUACGUGACAAGGAGGGAAAUGCACUGAGAAAUUCACACAUCGUCGGGUUCUUUCGCCGGAUAUGCAAGCUUCUGUAUGUCGGCAUUCGGCCCGUCUUUGUAUUCGAUGGUGGAGCUCCAAUUCUCAAGCGGGAGACGAUCAACAAGCGGAAAAGAAGGCGCGAAGGACGGAGGGAGGAUGCAUCUCGGACGGCUGGGAAGCUACUCGCUGUUCAAAUGCAAAGGAUCGCUGAAGAGGAAGCGGAGACACGGCGACAAAGCAAAAAGCGUGUCCGCGGAGACGAGGAAGAAGACAUUGGUGCUCCCGUGUAUGCAGAGGAGCUCCUUUUGACCGACAAGGAAAGGCAGCAGAAUCGGAAAUUCAAGAAGAAGGACGCCUAUCACCUACCGAACCUAGAUACCUCGCUGGAGGAGAUGGGCGCACCUAAUGAUCCCCGAAUCAUGUCACAGGAAGAGCUGGAGGAAUAUGCGAGACAUUUUCACCAAGGGCAAGAUAUCAAUCUCUAUGACUUUUCCAAAAUAGACUUCGAUAGCCCUUUCUUCCUAAGUCUUCCUGCUACAGAUCGAUACAAUAUCUUAAAUGCAGCUCGACUCCGGAGCAGACUCAGGAUGGGUUAUUCCAAGGAACAACUGGAUGUCAUGUUCCCAAAUCGCAUGGAUUUUUCUCGGUUUCAAAUCGAGCGAGUGACAGAACGCAAUGACCUAACGCAACGACUUAUGAAUAUCAAUGGCAUGAACGGGGAGGAAGCAUAUUACAAAUCUGGACAGCGUAUCGCGGGCGAACGUGGCAGGGAAUAUGUCCUCGUAAAGGAUAGCCAGCAUGAGGGAGGCUGGGUUCUGGGUGUGGUGGGGAAUAAGGACGAGGGACAAGAGGACAAACCGAUUGAUGUUGAUCAAAUCGGCUUGCCAGAUGUGAUGUCUGGGUCUGAUGAAUCGGAUGAAGAGUUCGAGGACGUACCGAUCGAGGGUCUCAACCGCCUGCCUAAGUUACCCUUUCUCCAAGAGGGUGUCUUCGAUUCGUCGCUACAACGAUCGCAAAAGGAUUCUGACACGAGCAGAGUCCUACGAGAAUCUCGAAGACAAGAGGCUGAAGAUGACUCGCUUUUCGUACCAAGCGAGGGGCCUCUCCUUCAGAAUGAUCAUAAUCGAGAUCUUGAAAGCUAUUUUGAUAAUGAUGAAGACGAUGAGCUCCAGAAAGCCAUAUCCCUGUCUUUACAGCCCAAUGAAGAACAUGAUGAUGAAAUGCAUGAUAUUCCAAUCAAUCGACCGAUGGACACGGUGCCGCACCCUGAAGCCUUGGAUCCAAUGCUUAGUGAAAGCGAUGAUGAUGGGAUGGAUUUUGCAACUGCAGUGGCUCAGACAAAAGUCUCUACGACCAAACAUCGGCCACCAAAUCCAUUCGAUGGGCCUCUCCCCUUCGAGUCCAUCAAACUGACCAAGGUGCCCAAAGAUGAUCAACCCACCCACAUUGAUGAGGACGCCGGUGGAUUCCUAAAGGAGUCAUCCCAGAAGCAAAAGGCAGAACCUUUGCCACCAUGGUUCACAGGCGCGAAAAUAAAUGAAGAAUUCAUUGUAGACCCAACGGCUGAUAAUUCCAACGAUCGGAAGGAGUCGUUAGAGCCUGAUCAUCUAUUUCUAUCUAACCGUCGCCCAACGGAGGUCAUCGAUGUCGAUGAGAUGCCCGACACCAAAGAAGUAGUUGAACUGGAUGGAGAUGAACAAGCUGAAUCCAACACGGGCUCAACUAUGCAAAAGAAGGCUACCCCUGAAACCACCGAUGUUUUGAUACCAGAGGCUGUCGAUGUGAAUUUGAAUGGAGAGCCACCCUUUGACGGAAAGAAGGAAACCAGCACCAGAGAAGAAUCCCCCACCAAGCCAUCCGUCGAAGUUGAAUUCGAAGACAUAGCUUCUCCGACACCGGGGCCUCUCGAUAUUGAGGUUCAAGACGGAGCUUUGCCACCACGCGGCGAAAUACUCGAUGACAAAGAGCAACGCUCAGAAGCCGCACAAAUCGAGGAUUCCCCCGAGCCAGAGUUUGAAGACGUCUUACAUGAACCCCCACAAGGCCCCGAAAUCACUGUGGUCUCCAAACCUGCUUCUACUAACCAGCGCGCUGAGCCACUGGAAGAGCCUACUUAUCCUGGGCCAGUUUUGGAUGAUUAUGGCGAGUACAGUGACCCGGAGGAUGAAGAGCUUAUGCAGCAGCUUGCUGAGGAAUCUGAAGAGCAUGCCCGGUUUGCUCAAAAUUUGAACUCGGCCGCGCCUAUUCAAACCGCAUUUGACUACGAGCAAGAGCUCAAGCAACUACGGAACCAGCAACAGAAAGACCGACGUGACGCAGACGAAGUGACUCAAAUUAUGAUCAACGAGUGCCAGCAGUUGCUCAAACUCUUUGGACUGCCUUAUAUCACAGCACCCAUGGAGGCCGAAGCGCAAUGCGCCGAACUAGUCUCGUUGGGUCUUGUGGAUGGUAUCGUUACGGACGACAGCGAUACGUUUCUUUUCGGUGGGACUCGGGUAUACAAGAAUAUGUUCAACCAAAGCAAAUAUGUUGAAUGCUACUUGACCUCCGACUUUGAAAAAGAAUACUCCCUUCACCGCAAAAAGCUUAUUAGCUUCGCCCACCUACUGGGGAGUGAUUAUACCGAGGGCAUUCCUGGUAUUGGACCCGUGACGGCGCUCGAACUAAUAACCGAAUUCUCCAGCCUGGAAGAGUUUCGUGACUGGUGGACACAACUUCAGAUGGGCAUCAACGACCCAGAUGACAAGCAUCUCACCUUCCGAAAGAAAUUUCGCAAGAAGGCGUCGAAGAUCUUUUUGCCCCCUUCUUUCCCUGAUGAGCGGGUAGAGGCUGCCUAUCUCGAACCAGAGGUUGAUUCUGAUCCCUCGCAGUUCCAGUGGGGUGUGCCAGAUUUGAAUGGCCUGAGAGGAUUUCUCAUGUCGACGAUCGGUUGGAGUCCGGAGCGCACGGACGAGGUACUGGUGCCUGUGAUCCGAGAUAUGAAUCGCAGAGAGGAAGAAGGUACCCAGUCGAACAUCACACAGUUCAUGCAAGGCGCUCAGGGUGCCGGAGCAUUUGCGCCUCGGGUCCGUAGUGGCGGGGCCAGUCGCAUGGAAAAAGCUUUCGGCCGCCUUCAACGGCAAGCUCAGAUAUCCCAAGGUUCACCUAGUGAGCCAGUGGAGAAUGGGGCUGACCCCACUUCUGCAUCUACAUCCACAUCUGCAGGAAAGAGUAUAUCGAGUAAAACGGGUAGGGGUGCGACCAAGAAACGGAAGACUCGCGCUACCUCUCCCGCGUCCUAG